AAUCUUUAUUUUACUGCAAGUCGUCAUGAAGAGUAUAUGGUUGUUAAUAUUUUCUAUGUUUGGACUGCAACAUGUAGCUUGCAUGUCAAAUGGUUCUAUCAGUGACCUGCAAGAAGAAAUGGCUUCGAUGAAAGACAUUAUCCAGAAUCAGUCAGAAGAGACCAAACAACAACUGAGUGCUCUUCAACAGCAGCUUUCAUUGUUAGAAAAGGAAAACAGUAGAAAAAAUAAAGAGCUCGAUGCACUACAAAGGAACCUCAGAGACGUUUGUAAAGAAUUAGAGUCAAUAGAUAAACGUCGAAUGAGAAGUUCAACAGUCACGGUUGCCUUCCAUUCCUGCAUUUCACAUGAUGUCAAUUAUCUGGGAAGAAAGCAAACCAUCGUCUUUGAUAGAGUCAUCACAGACACACACAGUAGAUAUGCUAGAAACUCUGGCACCUACAGAAUACCCAGAACUGGAUAUUAUGUUCUAACUUGGGUCACACCAGUUGUCGGCAACAUUCCCAUGGAGCUAAUUGUGAACGGGGAACAAAGAGGGCGCACUGAUCCUUCAAACACUGGGAAUGGUGCUUCCCAUAGCACGACAGGAAUAGCAGUUUUGUCCUUGUAUGAAAACGACGAUAUAUAUAUUCGUACACAUCCAGGCACCAGUCCCACUGGUGUACUGGUCAGCAAUACAUGGCAAGAUGCCUGCUUUUCAGUUUGGAGUAUUUAAUAACCGUGAAUGAAAAAAAAAGUUUAUUCCAUGUUAAAAAAAAAUGUUAUUUUUGUACUGUCGAUUUCUCAACAUAGGUUAAUAAUAAAGCUUUUCACGUGGUCGAUUUCUUUGUAGAAAUCGGUCACAGCGCACUUAAAAAAGACUAGGAGUUGAAAGAAAAUCCUUUGAAGGCAUGUUUUUUUUAACAUUUCUUAUGUAAUAUUAGUCCUACGUACAAUUAUAUAUAACUUGACACACAAGUAGACUACACUAGGAUACAUAAUUCUGUGUAUCGGUUUUUGAUUUUGAUGAAUAGUGGUGCCGUGGUUACUAAAAAUAGAAAUUUCUGUGAAAUACUUUCAAAAUGCUACUCCAAAUACAGUACGAGUCUGAUUAUAAUAAAAUUUGGCAUGCAAGCAGACUAUACUGAGAUGUAUAAUUAUCAGUUUUGUGUUUUUGAUUUUGAUGAUUUAUGCUGCCAUAGUAAUUUAAAUGUAAAAUUCUGUAAAAUUUUAUUAAAAGCUACUCCUACAGUUGUAGUCUUA